CCGCCGCCGCGCCGAGCCGAGCCGAGCGGGACGGGGCCGGACGGGACGGGACAGGACGGGACCGGGCGGGAGGAUCCGCCCCAGGAGUGCCUGCACCGCGUCUCCCGCUCCACCAGCCCCAGCAGCGCCUGGAUCCCGCUCCCGGUCCUGCUGCACUGGGAGAAGGCUGACUUUUACGACCCGUGGCGGGAGUAGCAUGGGAGAAGCCUUCCCUGGGCAUGGGCAGCGCUAAGGAGCCCGAGGGGCUGCAGGUGCUGAGCUGCCAGGCUGGGGCUGAGGACGCCUGCGAGCCCAGUGCCAGCUCCCCUGGCUGCCCCGUGGCAGGCGAGUGCCUGCCCGGCUCUGGCUGUGCUGCGGGAGCCCGUGCCAUGAGGACCUGCUGUGUGGCUGAGGCAGAGUCUCAGGGCACCAAGGCCAACUCAGUGGCAGAGAAGAAGGUGCCAUCACCAGCAGGACCAGCUCCUGGCACACUUCUCCAGGACACCAGCACAGAGCAGAGUGUGGCAGCAGCAAAAGGGAGCUGCGGAGGACCAAGUGGUGCUGCCUCUGCCUGUGGUCCCACAGGAAUGGGGGUCCCCAACACCCAGAAGGAGGAUGCAGCAGCCCCCACUUCCCCUGUUUCUGAUCCCUGCCUCCAGGCAACCAGCAAGGACAUGGGGAACAUGCCAGCUCUUGCCAAACAUGUGGCAUUCAUGGAGUCCUCUGCAAGCACUGGGACAGCUGAACUUCCAAGCCAGGAGCAACCCCAGGACAGCAAAGGGACAUCCCUGGGUGCUGCUCCCCAGACAAAGAGCAGUGAGGCUCCCAAGCACCCCCAGGGAUGCAAAGCAGACUCCCCCAGCACCAGCACUGUGGGGAUUGGGGGUCAAAGUGAGGCAGGACCAAGCUCCACUGCUCUGGGCCAGGGCAAAGCUGAGGGGAGCUCAGUCCGGGAUGUGGGUGCUGGGAGCAGCCAGCAGCCCCAAACAGCCAAGCAGCUCUGUGAAUCCUACUCCUUUGAAGUGACCCCACCCCAGGACACUGGGACACAAGACAUGGGGACGCAAGUGGACAACCGUGUGUCCUUGGUGUCGGUGGCCUUAAGCCCCAUGAGUCCCCCAUGUGGGGCUGCUGCCUUCACCUUCCCCAAGAGAGAGGCAGCCUCUGCAACCCCACGCCUCGAGCCCUCCAAGAAGGAUGCGGAGAUGCAGGUGUCCAUGCCUGUGGAGACCCGCUCAGUGGCCACGGGGCCGAUGACGCCGGUGGCCAAGUCCCCGCAGACCUCGUACCCUGAGGUGCAGGUGAAGGGGACGGUGCCGGAGGUGGUGGAGGAGGAGCCUCCGGAGCCCAUCCGGGAGGUGAGCUGGGAUGAGAAGGGGAUGACGUGGGAGGUAUAUGGGGCCUCCAUGGAGGUGGAGGUCCUGGGUAUGGCCAUCCAAAAGCACCUGGAGAAGCAGAUUGAGGAACACGGGCGGCAGGGGGUGGUGACCCCGCAAGCCACCCGCACUGGCUCCGUCAAGGGCGGGCCCCGCAAGGGCGAGGCCAAGAGGCAGCCCAGUGUCUUUCGGGCUCUGCUGCAGAGUGUCCGGCGGCCCCGGUGCUGCUCCCGUGCCGGCCCUGCCAUGGAGUGAGCUGCUGCCUAUGCUGGCAGGGUGGGGGUGCCUCGGGGCUUCUCCGCAGAAAGUGGGGAUGGGUCACUGCCCUGGCAUCCUGAGACACCCGGUGCCAGUGUGCAGGGCUGUGGUGGUGAUGGAGCACUGCACACUGGGACAAGGUAUCUCCUUUGCUGGGGUCCUCCCUGUCAGCCUGGGGUUCCCCCAUGAGUGUAGCCCCAUGGAGGUGCCCUGGGACAUGAGACUGGUGCCCUGUCUUUGUGCUUGGUGGCUUUUUUCAGCACGAGGAAGCACGUGGCUCCUUCCAGAUGAAGGCAGCUGCUCCUGUGUGUCUCCUGCCCGUGGCACGGGUCUGAAGAUGGCUCAGUGUGCGUGCUGCUGGCUGCCCUGAGCUCUGGCACCCCGAGCAGCAGCAUCACUUCCCAUGCUGGCGAGACACUGGUGCGUCGCCCUGCCAUUGCUUUGCCUGUCCAGGGCUUGGCCGCACUCCAGCAAGCCCGUGGCUGUGCAUCAGUGGGUCCCCACAGCCACCCAUGGCAAGCACCAAUCCCCCAACUUCCCUGUUCUCUCUGCUCCACUGCCAUGUUGUGGGUGCCCUGGAGCUGGGAGGAUGUGGCUACACAGAGCACCUGGACAGAUCUCAAAUGAGAGAGAGACAGGGGCCAACCAUGUGUGUGAUGGAGAGCUGCUCAUCCCUAUCACCAUGGCUGGAGGUGCUUGGGGAGUCUGUCCCCAUGGCCCCCAGCUCCACCUGCCUGGAAGCAGCACAUCCUUGCCACGGCUGGUGGUGGACAUGAGGCCUGCCCUGCUUCCGGGCCUGUCCAGCUGCCCCAGUGGUGCUGGGAAGGCCCCAUGUGCUGGGGACGUGGGCAUGUGUCCUGCUGGGCUUGCUGGCUUCUCCUCUCCGAUGGCAGCUGGGGACACGACGACUGCAAAACGCUGCCACUUUUUACAGCCGGGGUUUUA